AUGAGAUCAGUCAACGCCUGUCGCCAAGUGCCUUUGAGAUUAAGAUCGUAUUCCACGGCAAAAGGUACUCGUUCUCCUUCCGGGUAUUCUAGAGACAAGUCUCCUGAUUUGUUCCUCAACCCGCAUGCAUGGGAGGGUCUUCCAGCAGACCAGAUUUUCCAAUUGCACCAAGUUAGAAAGCAAUAUAUGGGAGAUGCAUACAACCCUACCAAUGAAGAGCGUACAGCGAUAUUAUCAACAAUCAACUCAUUAUCGCCACAAAAGCCACCUUUGGACUACAGUUUUGAGAUUGAAAAUUUUAAAGAAAGAUUGAUGAACAAUACGCCAAUGAACCAGAGAGGUUUGCCUCAGAAACUUUCAAACCAAUAUGUCAUUAGUAGAGGUGACCUUCCACACAACAAGAGAAGGAUUGAAAAUCUCACGAGGAUCUCGGCAUUUGAAAUGCCAUUGCUUGCUAAAUACCGUCAACCAUACCAACCAGCAUCUAAGAAAGAGGCGCCACUCAAAUUGACGUACCAAUCUGAUUUCAAGGCGGACACUACUAGUGAAUACAACAGACUUGUUAAGCUUUCAGUUAAGCUUGAGGAUCUUGGUCUCACAAAGGAACAAGAACACAAAUUCAAAAUCCUUUCUGGGGACAAAUUCAAUCAUGACAACAACACUUUUAACCUCAAAUCCAAGAGAUAUCCAGAAGCUGCGCAGAAUGUUAAAUGGCUAGUAAGUACAUUCAACAGGUUAUUGACUGAAUCCAAAGAUCUUUCGAAGGAGACUUUCAGUGACAUUCCUUUGGACAAGCGUCACAUGAAGCAGUUAAUCAGGAAGAAGGCCAACUCAUUCCCUGAAGAAUGGAAAAGACCUCAAGAUGCACCAAUUAGCCGACACUUUAUUGUUGACAGACUUGUCUCUAUGACCACAGAGAUAAUAGACAAAAAGGAGCUUAAAAAUGUCAGCCCUUAA